AUGCCAAAACACCAAAACAUCUCCUACUUUUAUGAUGGAGAUGUUGGUAAUUAUUACUAUGGCCAAGGCCAUCCAAUGAAGCCACAUCGUAUCAAGAUGACCCACAAUUUGUUAUUAAAUUAUGGACUUUAUAAACAUUUGGAAGUAUAUAGACCUCAUCCAGCUUCUGAAGUUGAAAUGUGUAAAUUCCAUGCGGAUGAAUAUGUUGAAUUCUUGAAAAGAGUUACACCUGAUAAUAUGCAUGAUUUCCAAAAACAAUUACAAGCUUUUAAUGUUGGUGAAGAUUGUCCAGUAUUUGAUGGUCUUUUUGAAUUUUGCAAACUUUCUGCAGGUGGUAGUAUUGGAGCAGCAGUAAAAUUAAACCAUGAACAAUCAGAUAUUGCCAUCAACUGGGCUGGUGGUUUGCACCACGCUAAGAAGAAUGAAGCCAGUGGCUUUUGUUACAUUAAUGAUAUUGUAUUGGCUAUUUUGGAAUUACUUAAAUAUCAUGCACGUGUUCUUUAUAUUGAUAUUGACAUUCACCAUGGUGAUGGUGUUGAGGAAGCUUUUUAUACCACAGAUCGUGUAAUGACAGUUUCUUUCCACAAAUUUGGAGAACAAUAUUUCCCAGGAACAGGUGAUAUCAAGGACAUUGGUGCUGGUGCUGGAAAGUAUUAUGCACUCAACUUCCCACUUAAGGAUGGUAUUGAUGAUGAGAGCUAUCUUUCAAUUUUCAAACCUGUUAUUGAAAAGGUUAUGCAAGUUUUUAGACCAGGUGCUGUUGUUCUUCAAUGUGGUGCUGAUUCUUUAACUGGUGAUAGAUUGGGUUGUUUUAACUUGACAACCAAAGGACAUGCUGCUUGUGUAGACUUUGUCAAAACAUUUGGCUUACCUCUUCUUGUUUUAGGUGGUGGUGGUUAUACUGUUCGUAACGUUGCUAGAUGUUGGACAUAUGAAACCUCAGUUCUUCUAGGUAUUGACAUUGAAAGUGAAAUGCCAUAUAAUGACUACUUUGAAUAUUUUGGCCCAGAUUAUAAUUUACAUCUUCAACCUUCAAACAUGGAAAAUAUGAAUUCUCUAGAGUAUUUAGAAAAGUAUAAGAAUAUUAUUUUGGAUAAUUUGAAUCAUAUCAAAGGAGCACCUUCGGUGCAGAUGCAAGAAGUUCCACCUGACACUUAUUAUGUCAGUGAAGAUGAGGAUGAUGUUGAUCCUGAUGAUCGUUUGUCACAAAAGGUUCUUGAUAGACAUAGAGCUCGUUCUAAUGAUUUUUAUGAUGAUGACUUGUAAUCUAAUUUAAUAACUCUUGUAAAUUUAAAUAUAAUUCUUUAUUCACACAAAUAAAAAAUGACCUUUUC